UCCCAGGCCCCGCACAGCUUCCGGGUCCCCACCAGGCUGCCUCCCAGCCCAGCGCUCACCCUACCUCUCUGCUUUGGCCUGUUCCACGUGGGGUCCUGACAGCAGUCCCACUUCCAGGACUUGCCCCUCUCACUCCAGAGAGUUCUGUUUGCACGGGGUUUGAAGGGGGAAAUGGUAGGAGUGAGGCCCCUAGCCUUAGCAAUUUAAGGAGUCUGAUGAGCCAACAGCCCCCUCCCUUGGGCUCUGCGCACCAGUCCGCUCCAGUGCUGGCUGUGCUAUGGGCAUAAGAGGGCUUCCCGCCCUCCUCUGAGUGCUGCUGGAGGCCCCGCCUGGCACUGGGCUGGGUGCACCUUCAUCAUCCUAACCAGGAUGCAAACCGGCUGGACUGGCCUAGCAGGGUGGCAGCACCAGCCCCCGGGCACUGGCACACCUGUUCCUUGUCCCUUUGGACUCAAGUUUGUGGACAAGUGUAGUAAAGUCCAGCGUGUCUUGGGUCACAGUAUCACUCAUGAGGCACAGAAGUGUGCCACAAGCUGCUGGCUGUUCCCCGAGGGCCCCACCAAGAGGAGGGCACCUGUGCCAGGGGUCACAGAGGUCCAUGGUGGCCAGGGGCCAGCUGGGGCAGAGCUGUGCCCUUCUCCCUGGCACCCAGCGGGGUCAUUGUGGGACGGGGCAUUUCCUCCUGCUUGUGGUUGGCUUGGCAGGGCCUCAGGGGAGGGGGAAGGGCCAGUGCAGGAAGUGGGGGAGGAGGAUGAGGUUAACCCUGACCACACCAGCCUGCAGGCAAGUCCCUUGGGCAGUGCUUGCCUAGUUUGCAGGAAGCUGCACAGGGAACAGACCCUUGGAGGGGCGGGCAGGUGGGCCCUGAGGUGGCAGUGGGCUCUAACUUGAAUGCCACGUUUAAGCCAAGCCUUGGAUGCUGCCUGCAGUCAUUUCUGAGCCACCUGCUCCUAGAGGAGGGUGUUCUGGGAAAGCUGUGGCCUGUGGGUAGCGCCCCCCACCCCCGUCCUGGGUGAUUGGGGAUCCCUGAGGGGCCCUCCAGACCUGGGCAUUGCUGGGGUGUGGGCAGGACCCUCCUCAAAACAGCCAGUGUGAGGGCAGCAGGCACAGGCCCACCCCAGCCUCCUCAGCCCCUGCUUGUCCCUGUCUUGGGGGGAGGGUGGUGACAUCGGUCAGCCCCCCCCCCCCCCCCCCCCCGCCAAGCUGCUGCACCUCUUACCCUGAGGCCGAAACUGAGGCCCGGGGCUGCCCGUUGUGGACCUCCAGGUCACUCGGCCACUAUCUUCACCACCUCAGGGGCCCAAGUGUGAGCCCCACCCCUUCCCUGUGAAGCGCUACCCCAAGGCCGGGGCAGCCCCACCAUUUUCUCUGCCUCAGAUCUGGCCAGUGCACUAGGAGUGGCUCCUGUCCACCGUACCUGACCCCCCUCCCCCCAGGGCUGCCUAUUCAGAGCUCCUCAAAUCCAGGUGCCCAGGGGCGAGUGAAACUCUAGCUGGGGCCCUGCCCCCACCCUCCCUGCCUCACAGCCCAACUGUGACGUCAGCGCCUUCCGACGAGUUCCGUCCAGAGGUUUGCCUUGGGGCCGGGGGCUGGACAUGGCCCCCCGUCCCCAGCCUGACUCCUGCCUCGUCGGCAGCCCCCUCGGCCUGAUAUGUGUGUCCCUUUUGCUCAUCCCAGCUGCAGCUGGAACCUACUGCGAGUGCAGCCUUGGCCUCAGCCGCGAGGCCCUGAUCGCCCUGCUCGUGGUGCUGGCGGGUGUCAGUGCCAGCUGCUUCUGUGCUCUCGUCAUCGUGGCGGUUGGCGUCCUGCGAGCCAAGGGUGAAACAUGUCCUGGACACAUGGACAGCAGGUUGGUGGGGCACUUCGGGGUGCAGGAAGAUCACAUGGACUUGCACACGGUGCAUGUGGAGUCCCACCUUGUGGAGCCUGACCUGGAGGUCUCCAUGAUGCCGUCCCUGGAGGAUCACGGCCUCAUGACCAUCCCCAUGGACUCGACGGCUGCAUGUGUGACUCUGGAGGAGCCGCCCUGCCCACCCCCACCACUUGAGUAGGGCUGCACAGCGAGGGGGAAGGGGAAUUAAACAGUAUUUAGUAGUUCUGUGCUGUCGUCCCUGCCGGCUCCUCCUAGAGCCCCACCCCACUGGGCAGCUGUGUCAUGGGGUGGGGAGGGGUCUGAGCGCACCUGGGUCAUUUCUUUUAUCUUCGAUGGGGGUGCCCCGUUUCCACACCAGGCACCCACUGUCCACCUUCCAGGGCAGGGAGCCACACCCUUGGUGUUUCCACUUCCUCCUGCCAUGGUCUCAGCCCAGCUCCUCCCUGCAUCUUCCUGCUGCUUUGUCCCAAGAAGCUGGCAGGGCUCUUGGGCCCCUGCCUCCCCCCACCCCCCUAAACCCCCAGGACAGGACCUACAACUCUGGCGACUCCAGAGGGAGCAGCAUUUGACAGGACUUGGGCUGGUGCCCUGCCCCACCCACAAAGUCUCCUUGAGGUUCCAGGAGAGUCCUUAGAGGGCAGGGUGGGGCAGACCUGACUGGGCUCCCCUGCGCCAGGUGUGCAGUUCCUCCUCCACCCCACAACCUGCCUCUGGGCUCAGCCCCAUCAUGUGCUCGUGCCCCACCAAUCAUCCGCCAUCAGGAUGGGACCGUCCUUAUGUGGGGGGCCACUGUGUGUGUGCACUAGGGUCACUCUGCUGAGCCUGAGGCGGCGGUGAGGAGCAAGGUGCACUGGGUCCCGUUCCGUGUGUGGCAUCCAUGAGUUC